CAAGCGGAGCGGACAAACGCGCGGCUAAAUUUAGUUUGUCCUCCGUCAGUUCGCAUCACCGUUCAUCAUCUAUCAUCACGAAAUCUUCGCACCACGGCACGACAAGUUCUUGGCCUACAUCAAGAGUGCGUAGUCGUUCCCUUCCACGCCAUCGAAGAAGCUGAACAGCGGCGCGCCGCCCAUGCAAAGCAAAGUGUGCGUGUGUGUCCCCAUUCUAAGGGAAAUGUUUGGGUUCCGGGGCACGAGAUAUCUCACCUCGCAAAGCGACCGUUCUUCUGUUUGUCAUGAGUGCGAAAGUGUGUGAAAAUGAUGCCGACAAAAGAUGCGAGGUGCGUUUCUUGUUUGUAUUACCCACGUUCAAGCACUUCGCGGGUCACCUUUGAGGAAAUGUGCUUGAAUAUUUGACGUUUCAGAAUAUUGAAUAUCGAAGUGUGGAUUUCGUUUUGCUGACAGAUGGAUAUCCACACUAUUCAUCGAUAAACCCAAUAACCAAAAGGAUGAUGCCGCUUUGUUUGGGGGAAAAAUAAGACAUCGAUCGAUGAAGAAGGUGAUAAACCUGUGCCAUAUGAAUGUAUUUUUAGUUUGCAGCAACAUCUUUGCAAGUCCAUUGUCUGCAUUCAACAUCUGGAGACAAAACAAACAAAACUGUCUAGACGAAUGUUUCCUUCCUGUCUACCGCUAAGAAGCACCGCUUCUAAGAGCACAAUCAGAAGUGGAAACAUCAGCCAAAUUCAAAGAGACUUCUCAUACCAUGCCAGUUUUACCUUUUGGAACACGCAUUGCGCCCAGCCGAAUGGGAAAACAAAAAACAUAACAAACUGUCUCACGUGCUCGUAGUUGUGUAAACGCACGCCCUUGUUACAUCAGAGCGUAUAAGCGCAUGCUUUCUUUACUUUCUUGACUGGCACAUGAUAGUAGAACGAGUUGGUACAAAAAACGACAACAAAUGCUUACAAACGUGCUGUAUGGUUUUUGGCGGAGCAGCGUGUUACCAACAACUGAGUACGUAUAUAAACUCAUGCCUGGGUGCAAAUGGGCAUCACAACACUUCUACAGAGGCUCGAGCAAACAAUCGGCAAAAUGAAGCAGCUGGUGUGUAUAGUUGUGUUUACUUUGGUGACACCAAAUCUGAUUGUCGCCGAGUGUGACACGAAAGGACUUAUCGUGGAGAAGAGCUUCCUCCAGUCGGUGCACGACUGUACCGAGUAUCUGCAGAUCCCGAAGGAACGAUUGGGCCAGUACAUGGCCAAUGAGUUCCCGCCGGACGAUGAGACAAAAUGUCUGCUAUUCUGCGUCGGAGUAGAUCUGGGCUGGUGGAACAACACGUGCGGUCUGCAGGUACCCGCCAUUGUGAGCUACUUCCAGCCGGUGCAGGGUGACAAGCAGUACGAAAAGCGCACCAAGGAAUGUCUGGAGCGGCGGGUGGGAGCGAUCGACUCACCGAACAGCUGCUGCCAAGCGUACGAAACCUUCCAGUGCUACUUCCAGGAGUUCGGAAACCUGGUCACCUGCCCCCAGUACGUGCGUUCGACGAAGCUGCAGGCGACGCAGGCCGCACUCGACUGCCUGGUAAUGCUGCGCUAUCCCGAGAAGCUGCUGAAGGUGUACGCAAGCGGUACGGUGGAGGAUUCGCCCGAAACUCGCUGCCUGUAUCACUGCAUCGACCUCCGGACGGGACUGUACACGCAGAAUGGUAUUUCGCUUCCGCGCUUCUUCGUACGCGAUGCGGCCUACAACGAUCUGCGCUAUCUGAGCAAAGAGACAAAGGCCUGUCGCGAUCGCAUUCGCCAGUCCGGAUGUGACAAGUGUUCGGAGGUGUACAACACACACACGGAGUGUUUGUCCGGGCUGGGCGAGAAAGGUUACACAUCCGGUAUCAUUACGGCGGCGGCCAAGAUUGCACUGACUAACCUGUGUGUAGGUUGCACUUCAGAUCACACACCAAGCACAAACUAUCUGCCCUACCAUCCGACAAAGUGUCCGAUGAAGCCACCGUGCUCUGCGAAAGGCUAUCCGGCACCGACCAAGCCACCCUGCUCGGUAUGCAGUAACCGGCAUGAGCCGGCCAAACCAGCUUACUCAUCACCAGCGGCUAGCGUACAGCCGGCGGUAGCACUGUCUUACGGUGGCCGAAAGCCGUCGCCAACAUGCAGCAAGGCCUCAGGAACGGGACAGGUUUACAACCUGUCGUAUCCUGGCUACAAGUCACGCAUGAGCUCUUGCAGCCGAUGUGGUGGCCGAGGUCACUAGUGAACGUGUUGCGCUAGUUAAAAUGUAUUCAAUUGGAUAAGUCGUUCUCUUUAUAGACGGUUUAUGUUUUACCUAAAGUAGUGAUUAUGUUUAGUGAACAGUA